UUUUCAAGAGGGAGACGUGGCGAUCGUAUAAUGAUUGAAUUUCAUUUGAAAUUGCGACCGAAUAUUGGACUCAUUGGAUUUCCGAAUGCCGGUAAAUCGACUUUGAUGAAGGCGCUCAUACCUGAGAAGAAAACGAUUAAAAUCGCCAGUUAUCCGUUCACCACUGUAAAACCUCAACUAUGCUAUAUUCGUCGAUUCGAUAAUAGCAACAAUGACGAUACACAAUCUUCAUCGUUGAGUGAUGCUAACUCAACGCAGGAUUACACCGAUGAAUUCAGUCUUUCAAUUGCCGAUCUGCCAGGUAUAAUCGAAGGUGCAAGUUCGAAUCGUGGAAGAGGAUUAUCCUUUCUAAAGCAUCUCGAUCAUAGUGAUAUGCUUCUUAUGGUAGUCGACGUUACUGGCUUCAAACUUGACGCUUCACCAACUGAGCCAUUCAGAAGUGCAUUAGAGACAGUGGCGUUGUUGAACAUUGAAUUGGAGCGAUACAAUCCUUACUUGACACAAAAACCAACCGUUUUGGCGAUUAACAAAAUCGAUUUACCCGAUGGAGAAGAGGUCGUUUUGCACUGUAUUUGA